AUGGCGUCCAGCGAUCGAUGGAUAUGGCUCGGAGUUGGCGUGUUGACCUUCGUCGCUGUCAAGAGCGUCUCCUACGCCCUCGGAGACAUCCUGCGCUUGACCGAAAUUCAAGACCAUAAACGAACUCCAGGUGUCUCGCAGGAGACGGAAGAUGCGAUCAACCUCGAGUCGCUAUAUCUUCUUGCGACCUGCCCAAAUGUCGAUAUCCGGAAAGCCGCUCUCAAGAUUUUCUGCGACCGCUUCUCCCAGAACAACACAGCCAAGAUGCUCCUAGGCGACGAUCUCCUCCACCCCGACCCCGAAACCCGCACCAUGGCCGCCCAAGCGGCCGCCGUUUUGGAGAAGUACGACGUCUCCCACGCUAUCCACCAACUGCCACUCCCCUUUCUAAACCCGCAGAACCCGAGCGCGCGGACGCGGACGCGGGAAGAGAAUCCGGAAGAGCUCGCGCUCCGGCGACGACGACGGGAGGCGAUGGUUCUGAACGAGGGGGAUCACCCGGUGCGGCAGGACGAUAUUAUUCAACGAGGGGGGCGGGCGAGAGACGACGAGACGGCGAUGACGGAAAGAGCUUUGGCAAGUCUGUCGGAGGAGCCUUCUGCUAGUACCUUAAUGAACCGGCGUCGGGGGAGGCUGUCGGAGGAGACCGUCGGCAUUUGA